UUCCCUUCAUUCCCAUAAGGAAGGACUUCGGACCAAACAGCUGAGAAGCGAGAGAGCGGGCGAGAGAGAGACCAGAGAUCUAAAAGCAACCUCUCUCUCUCUAUCUCCGUCUCGACGACGCGCAUUCUGAAUUUCAAUACAUUCUCUGGUCUGUCUUGCCGUUUUGAAAGAUGCCUUUACUAAAGAAGAAGCCACAUAAACUUCUUGAGCCCCCAAAGAACUUGCAGCCACAAGAACUUGUUUUUCAAGUUCGUCUCACUAAGGAGAUAUUCCGAGAUUAUCAAAUGUACUUGAAGAGGAUAAAUCUGUAUCGCCAGCGUGUUUGGACAUGCAAAUCUACUGGCAAAACUAGUUUGACCUACGAGGAGGCCUUACACUCAGAAAAACUGGCGAGCAAGAAGGUCCAAACUCUUCCCAGAGAGCUAGUUGCACCUGCGUUACGUAUCAUCCAAUUCAGUACACUCUCAUUGAAAGAUCUUGCUGACACAAUAGCCACCGAGUUGCAAACCUGCUUCUUCGCUGGCGCAGAGCUGUAUGGAAACAGGGAUGGAGAUUCUCAUCCGUGCAGAAUCUUGAACAUACUAACAGAUGGGGAUAGUGAACCUCAGUACGAGGUAGGCUUCCUUGACAAAGACAAGGAAAUAAACGAGAAGGCAGUGCUGUCUGGGGAGGAUCUUUCAUGGAAGAAGAAGUUUCCAUUUAGUAGAAACUUUCUGAAGUCUUUCAUUCGAGAGUCAACAUGCCACAGUAUACCUUGGGUAGUUAAUGAGUACCUGGCUAAAGCGCAUGGAAUCACUAGGAACAUUCCCAAGGAACUUAAGGGCAAAUAUGUCUUUCAAAAUGGAGAACUGGUUCAGCAAAGAAAGCAGGAAGAUAAAACCGGAAGGGAUAAGGGAAAAAGAAAGAGAGCAGAAGAUGGUAGCCAUGUUGCAGAAGAGACAGAUAAAGAGACUAAUGGCACCGAGGAAGAGCCUCCUAUCAAUUAUCCAAUUGAAGAUUCACUGUUGCCACCGGAACCUGAUGAUGCUAAGAUCACUCAGCGUCCUUCUCCCUCAAGGGAUUUUAGUGUCCCAAUGGAUUGCGUUGGGGAUCUUCUCAUGGUGUGGGACUUUUGCUCUUCAUUUGGUAGGCAGCUGCAUCUAUGGCGGUUUUCUCUUGAGGACUUUGAGAAUGCUCUCUGCCACAAGGAGAGUAAUUUGGUUCUUAUCAUGGAAGUGCAUGCCUGUCUUUUCCGGUUCCUCAUCAAUGAAGGCGAUGAGACUUUCAAAGCUUUAAAGAGAAGGAGUCGCAAGUCAAAGAUAACAUUGAUCACAUGGACAGAGUUUUUAUGCGACUUCUUGGACUCGGUUGACAUCCCUGAUCUGUACUGUGACAUUGGAACGAUCAAACGGGGACAUUAUGGUCUAUUGGACCCCAAUGUGAAACUGGGAAUCCUAAGGGAGUUGGUGAACCAGAUAGCUGAAACAAUGUUGUUUAAGGGAGAAGUAGACGAGCUUCUUGAACAACGGCAUGCCCUUGGAGCUGCUAGAAGAGAAGAAGCGUUGGCGGAAGCCAAACAAAAAAGAAAGGAGAAAGAACGCUCCAAAACUGGCGAGGAAGCUAGAAAGAAAAACAGCCCACAGGUAAUAGAAAGCAGUGAAGACAGCAAAAUGAAAGAGAGCACUGAGGGGGAAACUAAGAUGGAGAAUGGGUCUGUUUCUUCAGGAAAACCUGAAAAAUCAGAGAAAAGGCUUAUGGCGAAUGUCUAUCUGAGAAAGCACAAAAAGCAUAUGACGGAUACAAAAAGCACAUCAAAGGAGAAGGUGGAGAAGGAAGAGGAGGAGGCUGAAUCAGAAGAAGGAGAAGAGGAGGAGGAGGAGGAGAAAGGAAAAUCAUCAAGUGAAGAUGAGAAAGGAACAUUAGAAAUGAGGGGCCCCGAGCAGAGGAGGCAAUACUAUGAACGAGAGAUGGAGAAAAUAGUGAUACGUACAAACACCUUGGGUAAAGAUAGGAACUACAACAGGUACUGGUGGUUCCGAAGCAAUGGGAGGAUAUUUGUUGAGGAUUCUGAUUGCAAAGAAUGGGGCUAUUAUACCUCCAAGGAAGAGCUCGAUGCAUUGAUGGGAUCAUUGAACCGUAAAGGAGAGAGGGAACUGUCAUUACAUACGCAGCUAGAGAAAUUCUAUGACAGGAUAUGCUCAACACUACAAAAGAGGGCGAAGGACAUAGCUCACAACAUAGAAAUGGAAGAAGCAGUGGUUAGGAGAUCGAGCCGUGUAAAAGCUCCUCUUCAUGAAAAUCCAGCUAGUGCCUUCCAGAGAUAUGUUAACAAGUGGAAAGAGGACUAAACAUAGCAGACUUCGAUUCUGCAUAAGAAAAGCUUUUGCAGUUGCAGCCAUAACCAAAACUAGCCAUUUACGGGCUUGCCUUCUCUAGUUUUUCUUUCUGGUUCUUAGGACAUUGGUAGGAGCCUUGCAACUUAUGACCGCAAAAAGGAUAGUCUUAUCGUAUGGGCAAGAUGGUGUUGGGUUUUUGUUUUUUUCUGUUGCCAUUCAUCAUCUUCUAUGACAUACACUUUGCCGGCUAAAUAGAAGUUUCAUUAUUAUCCCCAA